UGGAUCCCAACAAAAUGUUCCACCUCUCGAUGAGGGACCUCCCCCGGGGUUCACUCCCUAUCAGUACUCAGGCCAACCUGGACUGGUAACAGUUCAACCGCGGGUAGGGCAGCCAUUUGGAUAUCAUUCUAGCAACACCACUGUGGUUGUUCAGCAACAACAGGUCCUAACUCGACCUCAGAUGAGGGACUGGAACUCGGGUCUCUGUGGCUGUUUCGAGGAUAUGACAUCAUGUUGUGCUGUGUUUUGGUGUAUGCCUUGCUAUACCUGUUACCUUGCAAAUAAGCUUGGAGAGUCCUGUUGCCUGCCGUUAGCCAUUGGAUCCCACUCUCUGAUUCCCCUCCGAACAAAAGUCCGUGUUGAGAACAACAUUAUCGGCAGUAUUUGUGAGGACUGUUGCAUGGUCUACUGGUGUCCCGCAUGCGUCAUGUGCCAACUGUCACGUGAACACGAUUACAUCCGGUUGAAGCAGCAGAGAAGCCUUUAAAUAGCAUUCUUGAAUUUGAUUAAUGUGUUUCAUUUAUCAAAACCAUAUGGUAUAUGUUUAUCAAUUUAUCAUGUAUUUUAUGUAUCUUAGACAUGUUUUCUUUUUUACUUAUGAGCCAAGGACUUGGUCGAUUGAUCGAUUGACAAACUAAAUUUGCAA